ACACGACGUGUGUUUACGCAUUUUUUAUAGUUCUCCUGCUUAAAGAUAACGGUCCGUCAGUUAGUUUGGUGCAAGUAGCCGUAAGAUACAGUCAUGGACCGCAUCAAGUUUAAGGUCAAUGGAGCAGAGUGCUCAGUGGGAGGAGAUGUGAGUUCCGACGUGAUGCUGCUAGACUACCUGCGCAAGCGACUUCAGCUGCGUGGCACCAAGUACAUGUGUCUUGAAGGUGGCUGCGGAGCUUGUAUGGUGACUGCCUCCAAAUGUCCUGGAGCCCCUUAUAUUGCAGUUAAUGCUUGUCUGGUACCCAUCGGGACUUGUGACGGCUGGGACAUCAAAACUAUUGAGGGAUUGGGAAACAGAAAAAUUGGGUACCACCCACUUCAGAAAACUUUGGCUGAACACCAUGGAUCACAAUGCGGAUACUGUACUUCAGGGUGGGUCAUGGCUAUGCAUGGACUCCUAGAAAGCAAAAAGAACGUCACAAUGCUGGAAGUAGAAAAGGCUUUUGGCAGUAAUGUAUGCCGUUGCACAGGCUACAGGCCCAUCUUAGAAGCCUUCAAAAGAUUCGCAAAAGACGCUCCAAAAGAAAAGAAAAUCAUGGAUAUAGAAGACUUGCAAAUCUGUAAGAAAUCUGGAAAGCAGUGCAAUAAGACUUGUGAUGAUGAUGAUGAUUGGUGCGUCGUUGAAGAUGAAGAUGUUCAUGAUUUGAAAAUUAAAAGGAUAGUGUUGAAAGAUGGGAGGAUAUGGUUUAAGCCGAGGGUACUUCAAGAUGUCUUUAAUAUUUUGUUAGCUGAAGGUUUGGGGUCGUAUAUGUUAGUAGGUGGAAAUACUGCUAGAGGAGCUGUCCCAAUAGAAGAAUAUCCUCGUGUUCUGGUCGAUGUUAGCACACUUCUAGAACUGAAAACUGUAACAUAUGAUCAGAACCUAAUCGUUGGUGCUGGAAUGACUCUUACAGAGUUCUUAGAAGUUCUGAAGACAGCAUCUGAACAGGAAUACUUUGGGUACUUGGCUAAAGUAUAUGCUCAUGUGGAUUUGGUAGCUCAUAUUCCUGUUAGAAAUAUGGGUACAAUUGCAGGUAAUUUGAUGAUAAAGCACCAAAAGAUAUCAUUCCCUUCUGAUAUAUUCUUACUUUUGACAACUGUAGGUGCUCAGCUUACUCUGGUUGACGUCAGUAGAUCUCUGCACAUAGUGACUAUGGAGAACUUCUUAAAAACAAAUAUGUCAGGAAAAGUAAUUCUUAAUGUGAUGCUGCCACCACUAAGCAAUCAGUACAGAUUCUUUUCAUACAAGUUAAUGCCAAGAGCCCAGAGCGCCCACGCCAUAGUUAACACAGGUGUUCUCUACAAACUCACUGCAAAUAAUGUGGUCGAAAGAGCAAGAAUCGUCUACGGUGGUCUUUCUCCUAAAUUCAUAAGGGCUUUGGCUACAGAAACCUUUCUAAUAGGAAAGCCCUUAUUUACUAAUGAAACGUUACAAGCAGCAUUGAGAGUUUUGGAUGGAGAAAUGAUAGUUGAAGAAAAUCCACCUGAAGCUUCUGUUGCUUAUAGACGGUUUAUUGCAAAAGCGUUGUUUUAUAAGGGUCUUCUAACAAUCUGCCCGAAUGUCAGAAACCAGCGUUUAUCAUCAGGUGCUGGGUAUCUACAUGGUACUAGACCAGUCUCGGAUGCGCGACAGAUCUUCACUACUGACCCCAAACUGUGGCCUCUGAAUCAACCUAUUGCUAAAGUGGAAUCUUUGAUCCAAUGUGCUGGAGAAGCUAAAUACACUGAUGAUAUUCCAACAUUACCUAAUGAAGUGUUUGGUGCAUUCGUACUCACCACUGUCGCUUUAGGUACUAUUACCAAAAUUGAUGCGUCAGCUGCAUUGGCGUAUCCUGGCGUAAUAGCAUUCUACACCGCGAAAGAUAUACCAGGCUUGAACUCAUUCACCCCAGCUGACAGUUUACUCUACUCAGCCAACGAAGAAGUUCUUUGCGAUGGCAAUGUAAAAUACUACCAUCAGCCACUCGGAAUUAUUGUCGCAGAAACUCAAUUUGCUGCUAAUAGAGCUACAUCUCUUGUCAAAGUUACUUACAGCAAUGUCAGAAAGCCUGUCAUAGAUGUUAAAGUUGCUAGGAAGGAUUCAACAAAGAACACUCUGUUCAUGUCUAUAGAUGCUACGAAUACUGGCAAAGAUGUCUUUAAGACUUUCUCAGGAACCACUGCGAUGUAUGGACAGUAUCAUUUUACUAUGGAGACGUUGUUAUGUAUAGUUUUACCUACAGAAGAAGGUAUUGAAGUGCAUUCUGCAACACAGUGGUUAGAUGCGACGCAGGUUAUGAUAUCAAGGGCUUUGAAUAUGGAUGAGAAUAAAAUAGACUGCUACGUCCGUCGCAUAGGCGGAGCAUACGGCAUGAAGAUAUCUCGUAGCAUCCAAUCGGCCGUCGCUUGCAGCCUUAUCGUGAAGAAGUUGAACCGUCCCUGUCGGUUCAUACAGCCUUUGACCACCAACUUCAGAGCUGUGGGCAAGAGAUUGCCUUGUGUUAAUGAUUAUGAGGUCAGUGUAAAUAAGUCCGGCCAAAUUCAACGUCUCAACACAACUUAUUAUGAAGACAAUGGAUACAAGAUCAAUGAAACUUUGACGGCACUUGGUGCUGAUGUAUAUUUCAACUGCUAUGACGCCACUCGAAUGAAUUACAAAGCUUUCGAUACUAUUACCGAUACACCUAAAAAUACGUGGUGUAGAUCGCCAGGUUCUCUGGAAGCUAUAGCCUGCAUGGAAUUCAUAGUAGAGCGAAUCUCCUAUGAACUGUCUCUAGACCCAGUCGCGGUCCGUCUAGCUAAUCUAGAUACAGCCAAAUACAGUGAAAUGACCGGCAUGGUUGAUAUGUUGAAAACAAAAGCCGAUUACGCCAAUCGAAGAGCUGCAGUCAAUACCUUUAACACACAAAAUAGAUGGAGGAAACGAGGACUGAGAUGGGCUUUCGCAAGAUGGUCUCCUGUAGGAGCUCAGCGUUUUGACGUGAACAUGUCAGUCUUCCACGGAGAUGGUUCUGUGGUAAUAACUCACGCUGGUGUUGAAAUGGGACAAGGCAUCAACACUAAAGCAGUUCAAAUAGCUGCUUAUUUCCUCAAAAUACCUAUAGAUAAAAUACAGAUCAAAGGCAAUAAUACAAUUAUUGCUCCUAAUGGGUUCAUUUCUGGUGGAAGUCUUACAACUCAGAGUAUUAUUAUCGCUUUGAGGAGAUGUUGUGAUCAAUUGAAUGCGAGGUUAGCUCCUAUAAGAGCGACGUUGACUAAUCCUACUUGGGAACAGUUGAUCACUGCAGCAUUUAAUGCUGAUGUGGACCUGCAAGCUCAUGGUUUCGUUGGAAACGCUGAUGCACAGACAUACAAUAUAUAUGGUAUGUCUUUAUGUGAAGUUGAAAUAGAUGUACUGACUGGGGAACAUGAAGUUUUGAGAGUUGAUAUGAUACAAGAUGUAGGGUUAAGUGUUAGCCCUGAGGUAGAUGUUGGACAAGUGGAAGGUUCUUUUGUCAUGGGUCUGGGUUACUGGACUUGUGAAAAGCUAGUCUACGCUGAAUCUGGUGAAAUUCUGACAAACAGGACUUGGGAUUAUCAUGUUCCUGAGGCGAGAGAUAUACCUCAAGAUUUCAGGGUAUAUUUCAAGAAGAACUCUUAUAGUAACGAUCUGAUUCUUGGAUCUAAAGCUACUGGAGAGCCAGCAAUAUGUUCAACAGUGGUCGUAGCAUUCGCGAUCAGGGAGGCCAUAGUACAGGCCAGACAGGAAUCUGGCAUCCCAACUACACAGUGGUUCAAUAUCGAUGGACCAAGCACAACCGAAAAUAUAUGUCUAGCAAUUAAUACUAAUACUAAAGAUUUUAAAUUUUACUAACGAAGUAAUUAUUACCUACCUAAAUAAAUAGGACCACUAAGGGAGAAUAUUCGGAAGGGAGUAUAUUUUACAUGCAUUCUUAGGAAUCAUUUCUUUCAUUGAAAAACAGUUCUAAGACGUAUCCCCAUGUUUAAAAAAUACUAUUACCAGUUAAUUGAGAAAUAUAAAGUUUCUUAUCUUAACCACAUUUUAACUUACUGAAAUUAUUUUAUAUCCAUUAUUUUUAUUCUAUACCCGUUGUUGUUAUUUUCAUCUGUUUAUUUAACUGCAAAAUAAAUAAAUUAAACAUUUUUUGCCAUUUGGUUUGUACACAAAUUAUGUUUUGAAUUUCU